ACACCGCGUGGCAGUAACACAGUCACGAGGUAAGCAGCCAUGUGAUUCGGUUAUGGUACGACAAAAAUCGUAGAGAAUACACAAAAACAUAAGAUUUAGAGAAACCAUUGCCCGUGGAAAGGUGUCGAAAAGUCUUUAAAAGUGACAGAAGAAGUUACAGAACAAGAUGACACAGUAUUUACCACCAAAUCUUCUGGCAUUGUUUGCUGCAAGAGACCCGAUCCAGUAUUUGCCGCCCGUUGAUAAAUUGGGCUUCGAGAAGAAAAGAGUGCCGUACGGGGGCAUAGCAAGUUUAAUUAAUGAAUUUGAGGACCCUAAAGACACCCCACCACCUACACGGGUUGAAACCAGGGACGAACGGAAAGAACGAAAGAGAAAGGAGAGAGCUGAAGCCCAUGCUUAUAAAUUAGAACAAGAUCUAGCUUUAUGGGAUCCUACAGGCCAGCAUGCUGGAUUCACAGAUGCAUUUAAGACAUUGUUUGUGGCAAGAGUUAAUUAUGAUAGCAGUGAAUCGAAGCUUCGAAGAGAAUUUGAAAUAUAUGGGCCAAUCAGAAAGAUUGUAUUGGUUACAGACCGAAACACAAACAAACCACGUGGCUACGCUUUCAUUGAGUAUGAACACGAACGAGACAUGCAUUCCGCAUAUAAAAAUGCUGAUGGUAAAAAGAUUGAUGGUAGAAGGGUUUUGGUUGAUGUUGAACGAGGUCGAACAGUUAAGGGAUGGAGACCCAGAAGAUUAGGUGGUGGACUUGGAGGCACACGAAAAGGUGGACCGGAUGAAAAUACCCGAUUUUCUGGACGAGAAGGAAGUUAUCGGGAAGAUCGACGCUCUCGGAGUCGAGAGAGGAUGCCGGAACGGGAGAGAGGAGGUGACCGUGCUGAAAGAGAUACAAGGAGACGUCGUACUAGAAGUAGAGAUCGUGAAGAGAGGCGUAAAAGGAGUCCAGUUCGUGAACGAGAAAGAGAACGUGUUGAAAGGAGGAGAUCUCGUAGUAGAGACAGACGUAAUAAAGACUGGGAGGAUCGUGGUGUUGCACCUGAAGAAGAAGAGGAAGCAGGUAGAAAAGACAGAAAGAGAAGUCGACGUAGUAGAUCACGAGAUCGUAAACGUAGCCGAUCACGAGACAGGAAAAGGAGAAGAAGCAGAAGCCGAGAUAGAAGACGAUCACGUGAUCGUAGAAUUAAAGAAGAACCUGUUGAUGAGGAUCAAGUUAUUAAAAUCAAAGAAGAGAAGGUUGAUGAUGACUACAGAUAUGGUGUUAUGGCUCGUAACGAAGAAAGUCAAGAGGAGGACAGAAAGACUUUCGACAUGUCCAUAGUUAAGCAUGAAGAAGGUGAAGAUGAUCAAGAUGAGAAUGGGGAUCGUGAGGAGGAAGAAGAAGAGGAGGAAGAUGAUGGUGAUUAUUAUCAACAACGCGAAUAUGGCGUGAAAGAAGAAAAAUAUGAAGGACAGGAAAAGGGAUAUGCUAAUUAGAUUUAAUAACGAGACUGGGGAAGGAGAAUAACUAAUAAUUACGGCGAUUAAGAAGUUUAGCUUUUAUGAAUGACGAGAAAAUUAAUAAAUUAAUUAGAUCAGUAGACCAGUGGGGUUUUAAUCAUUCUAUCCAAUGGGCAUAUAAUCCUAAAUACACCAAGUAUUAACUUUUAUGAAUUGAAGCAUUUGUUUGUUUUGCAAAUAACAAUUAUGUUACUUUUAGUUAGAUCACUUGAUUUUUAACUUUGAACAUCUUUCUAAUAUAUCACUUUAUUUAACAUGCAGUGAUUUAAUUCAGAUUUACAGAGUUGGAUAUUAAUACUUUAUGGUAAACUUGUUCUUCAUUGUUCUUCAUUUGAGUGUCAAAUGUCAAAUCGAAUGGGAAGAUAAGAGUAGUUAAUAAUGCUUGCCAACAAGAAACAGCCUUCAUUGUAUUGGGUAACAUGUGGAAUUAUUCUCUUGGUAGGCAUUGUGAUUUAUUGAAAAGAUUAGGCUACCUUAGCAUUUAUUUUAGUAUUUUUUAAAUUAAAUAAUAUGAAGACAAGAUUCCUUGUUAUCUUUGUUAUAAUUUGUCUUAGUAUCUAGGUUAUUAUUAGAAUAAAUUUAUCUUCAAACUUAUCUGAAUGGAUUUUAUAACUUGGUAUCUAGGUUUAAUGAUAAUAUACAUUUAUCCACAUACAUACCUUGAUGGAUUUUUAAUGUAAAACUAUCAUGUUGUGGCUUGCCUGUUUCUCUUAUAGAUGUGCUGAACAAAAUGUUUUAAUUUUAUUCAUAACUUAGCUUCAUUUCCUUAUUGGGCUACAGUCGCUGUUUUGUAGGCCUGUGUUUUGUAUUGUAUAUAUAAUGCCAUUUGUAAUUGUAAAACAUGAUUUCUCCUAAGUUCAUUGUUUUAUUUCAUGUAAUAUUUGUAUCAUUUGUGCAAUUCAUCAUUUUAUCAUUGUAUUUUAGUGAUCAUUCAUUCAAUCAUUAAUUGUUUUCAUCAAUACUAUUAUUAUAUUCAGUGUGAAUUUGAGCUAUUGAUAGAAUAUAAUUAUUGUCAUUAGUUUAUGACAUGUAAUUCUCUCGGAAGGUUAUUAACUAUGAAGGAUUGGAAUCCAUAGAACUAGUCUGUUAGAUGUUAUGAGUGUAACAGAGAUUUCUUGUUCAUACUUUGAUCUGGACAAUGAAAAAUGUGUAUUCUCAACUGCUUGUAUUGUCAACAGUGGAUAUUUCACAAUCGGUCAUCUUUUAAACUAACGAUAUAAUGAUGAAAAAUAAGAAAUUUUGUGGAAUACUGGAUUUUCCAUUCAUUUUCAUUUCUUUAAGUUACUUCUUACUAAAUCAUGGUUUAGAUGAAGAUCAAUGACUAAAUCAUUGUUUCGGUGUAGAUUACUGACUAGAUCAUGAUUUAGGUAAAGGUAAAGAUUGCUGAUUAAAUCAUGGUAUAGGUAAAGAUGACUAAAUCAUGGUAUAGGUAAAGAUUAAUGACUAAAUCAUUGUUUCGGUGUAGAUUACUGACUAGACCAUGAUUUAGGUAAAGAUUACUGACUAAAUCAUUGUGUAGGUAAAGAUUUCUGACUAAAUCAUGGUUUAGGUAAAGAUGACAAAGUCAUGGAUUAGGUAAAGAUUGCUGACUAAAUCAUGGUCUAGAUAAAGAUAAAUGACUAAUCAUUGUUUAGGUAAAGAUUACUGACUAAAUCAUGGUUUAGGUGAAGAUUACUGAUUAGUCUUGAGUAACACCUGUAUUGUGUAUCAAAAUAUUAAUUGCAUAUGGUCUCUGUAAUUAAAUUAGUAAGGUGUUUAGAUUUAGAACCAUAACUUUGCUGUCCAUGAUUUGUUUUUGUUGAAGACCUAUUUAUCAACACUGGAGUUUAAAAAUUACCUUGCUUUAACCAUGAUAUAACUCUGUUCUUUAAAAUUUAUAUUGUAUGAUUAAAAAGACUUCAUUCAUUGUUUGCACAGAAAAUAUAUAUAAAUAUCUCUCCUCAAAGUGAAUUAUGGCUAAAGGAGAAAAUUUUGAGUUCUUAUUAUUAAUCACUGGGCUUCAAAAUGCCAUUGAAACUGGAUGAGUUUUAUUUAUGUAUCUUAGUAAGGCACCAGGUGGAAUUUAAAUGCAGGUUUUUGUUAUUUGUUUAAUUGAGUAACUCUGCUUCAAAAUAAACCUAUUCACACUGA